ACUCGGCUUUGUUGAGCGUUGCCCCGCCUUAGUUGGAAUGCUCUAACUGGUUCUCAUCGGAACAUUAAUAUGUUCUACGGUUUGAAGUUUUAGCGUUCAACUUUCUCAAGACCCUCGACUGACACCGGUUUUGAUAGCACCGUAGCAGUGUUGUCGAUCCUCACCGAGGAAGCUCUUCAUCACUGGCCGGAUUGCUGCCGCCUUCCGUUGAAAUCUACCGCCGGUGACUCAUGCGCGUCACUGGCUCAAGCUUCACCUCAUCGCACUUAACAACGUCGAUUUGAACUCACUGCCAAGCGGUGACGUAGCCGGGAGAUUCGAAGUGGGGGCUAAGAGCGAGAUUGAGAGAUGUCGCAAUUCCCCUCAUUCAUGCGCCAGCUUCCGGCGAUGCCAGUCGUCCCUUCUUCACUCCUUCUUCCUUCUCAAUGGCCUCAUUCACAAAAUGAUGAGUUCACCCUCACAGUCGAGGAAGCCGAACUCGAAGACAAGUUAAAUGAAAUCAGAAAAGCAAAUGCCAACCUGGUUGUAAUUGGCAAGGUUGCUCAAGACAAUGACAAGGAGGAUUUUGAUGGAGAAGCAGAUGACGAUGACGUAGAUAAUGUAGAUGAAAGUGAAGGUGAUGAAUUUGAGCAGGAGACUGGAUAAUGAUGUUAUGAUGAUGCUAGAGAAACUCGUUGGUAGUGCAUGCUGCAUGGUGGUCAAUGAUAUGCAAAGCCUGCUACGUAGCACUCACCUCUUUGAACUUGGUUAUAUGCUUUAUUAUCUCAGAAACUCAUCUAUUUUUGUUUUCAUUAUGAUAAUUUUUUGAUGCCCAUCACAUCUUCUGAGUUACAUGGCUUCCA